AACGCCACCGCCGCCAUUCCAUGCUCCUCUUCUUCCUCACCACCACGCUCCCAGUACCCUCACAAUCACCACCACGUCCAUCGAAAUUUGACGAACUAUGGCAUUCCCAACCCCGACGGAACAUGGCGCUGUGCCUAUCCAGGGUGCUCCUCACAAGCCCUCUUCCGUCGUGGCUGCGACCUGCGCAAACACUACAACCGACAUCGCAAGCACCUGUUCUGCCGCUACGAGGGUUGUCCACAGGCCGUGCGGGGUGGAUUUUCCAGCAAGAAGGACCGAGAUCGACACGAAGCGAAACAUAACCCCGAAAUCCCAUGUGAGUGGGAAGGGUGUCGUCGGGUGUUCAGCCGAAUGGAUAACAUGAAGGAUCAUGUGAGAAGGAUCCAUAAGAGGCGCGAC